AGUCGGAUCAACUUUUCUACAUAUUUCAUUUUUCUUUUUUUUUUAUUGUAUCUAUGCUAUCUGUUUUUGUAAAGAGGUCCAGGUGUUUGUUGCACGGGAGCGAAUAAUGCUUGGAUUAGAUUUCCAGAAAACAAAGUUGAAACGGUUCAUGAACAGCCGUGCAGCUGCAAACUGUCGCUAUCAGCCCACAUGCUAUGAACAUGCAGCCAAUUGCUACACGCAUGCGCUCCUCAUCGUGCCGGCGUUUGUGGGCAUGGCGCUCCUCCAUCGGCUCUCGGAUGACCGUUGGGAGAAGAUCACAGCCUGGGUGUAUGGGAUGGGCCUGUGUGCACUUUUCCUUGUCUCCACUGUCUUCCACAUCAUUACCUGGAAAAAGAGUCACAUGAGGACUGUGGAGCACUGUUUCCACAUAUGUGACAGAGUGGUCAUCUAUUUCUUCAUAGCUGCCUCCUACACACCUUGGUUAAUUCUGAGAGAGCUUGGUCCACUGGCUUCUCACAUGAGGUGGUUUGUCUGGUUGAUGGCUGCGGCUGGAACGAUAUACGUUUUCAACUAUCAUGAAAAGUAUAAACUUGUUGAGCUGGCCUUUUAUCUGACGAUGGGGUUUUCCCCUGCCCUGGUCGUGACAUCAAUGAAUAACACAGACGGACUCUUCGAGCUUGCCUGUGGUGGCGCCAUCUACUGCUUUGGGGUUGUCUUUUUCAAGUCAGAUGGAGUGAUACCAUUCGCUCACGCCAUCUGGCAUGUUUUUGUGGCCCUGGCCGCUGCUGUGCAUUACUACGCCAUCUGGAAAUACCUGUACCGAAGCCCCCCGGCCGACGGCAUCAGGGAUGCCUGAGGGUCUCUGCUGCGAGCCAUACCCUCGCCAGCCGAGUACACGCAGGCCCCACCCUCUCUUCUCCCAUCAAACGAAGGCACCUGUCCAAGGCCACUGGCCCCCCCAGAGAACAAACGACUUGUUCCUCUCCGCUCUUCAGAACCCAGACUACAGCGCUUAUUAGCUAACUAAAGUUUACGAAACAUGACCGUGUGUUGUUUACGGUUUUCACACUAGCUCAGUCUUUCACAACGCGUACACCUCCAUCACAAAGGCAAAUGAAUGCCCUUUUUGAACCGCUUUUGUAACAAGCUUCAAAAAAAAAAAUUGUGUGAGUGAAACAAGCAAAUCCUUAUUCUUUCUUUCUCCAUUUUUAUCAGUAUUGUGCACGGUAGCCAACUUUCCAAUAGGUGAAA